UUGUAGUGCCUCGUGUCGAAAUAGAGCAACAACAUCGCCAAAGACAACAAAGACAAGUUUCCGCCCCAGAGAGCGUUCCCGCAUUAGUUUCGACUAAUCAUUCUUCAUCGACAACAACCACAACCGCCUUCACCGUCGCGUCAAGUAUGCUUCUUUUGCAGACACAGAGUCCAUUUGGAUGUAGUAGUUUUUCGGAUUUGUUAAGCGGCACUUACACUGACUCCACGGAUGCUGGAAGUCUACCGGAAGAACUCGAUCCUUUUCCGGAACUGCAACUAGGCAAUCCACAGGACGUUACAAGCUCCGAGGAAGCGCCCUCGCAAAAUCACCACUCAGUCCAUUCUCAACCACCUCCACUUCCAGGAGACGUUCAAGCUGAUUCACUCAGUCCAACGCCACUUCCCAGCUUUCAAGAAACCUACACAGUUCAAAGAUAUCGUCAAGAAUUGCAGAGUUUGGGAAUCAAGAUGGAUGAUGAUUGUUAUGGAGAAGGUGUUUACCCCUGUACAGGAGCCUCGUUUACUUCUGAUUUUACUCAGGCUGUUCCCUACCAAAAUCAUCAUAACCAACAUCAGCCACAUCAUCCGCCACAAACUCAGCAACAUCAUCAACAACAUCAUUCUCAACAAAAUCACCUGCAUCAACCACAGCAGACACAUCAUCAACAUCAUCAUCAUCAUCAUCAUCAUCAUUUGGGUUUUUUCUCAACGGAAUCAGCUCCAACGCCUGCGGCUGUUCCAAAUCCAACGAAUCAUCAAGAAUCACCUUACGCGUCAGUACCUAUUGUUUAUGGACCUCCUCCAAGUGUCACCAGCAGUGUUGCCUCACCGGGUGCAGUAACACCAAGUGAUCUCCGUACUGCUGUUGGUAGCACUGUCGUCAUUCCUGGAACACCUCGACCUCGACGUGCCUCCUUACCACCUCAAAGAUCUGAAUCAUCAAGUAGCGAAUCACCCAAAUUGAGAUGUAGUGGAGCAAGUUCAACGACUGGUUCACCAUCUCCUGGAGGUGAACGAGCACCGCCAAGUCCAAGUCAGUUGUGUGCAGUUUGUGGUGACACUGCAGCCUGUCAACAUUACGGAGUUCGAACGUGCGAAGGGUGCAAAGGAUUUUUCAAAAGGACAGUACAGAAAGGUUCUAAAUACGUUUGUCUUGCCGAAAAGGCGUGUCCUGUAGAUAAGCGUCGACGAAAUCGAUGUCAAUUUUGUCGCUUUCAAAAGUGCCUCUUGGUUGGCAUGGUCAAGGAGGUUGUGAGAACGGACUCUUUGAAAGGAAGACGAGGUCGACUGCCUUCGAAACCAAAAUCUCCCCAGGAAUCACCACCGAGUCCUCCAGUUACUCUGAUAACGGCACUUGUUCGUGCCCACGUUGACACCACACCAGAUCUCGCAAAUCUCGACUUUUCUCAAUGUCGCGAAAUUUCUCCCGGUGAACCGCCACUCUCGGAAGCAGAGAAAACCCAACAAUUCUACAAUCUCUUAACAUCGUCAGUGGACGUUAUCAGAAACUUUGCUGACAAAAUUCCCGGAUUCAUGGACCUAACACCAGAAGAUCAAAAAUUCCUCUUCCUCAAUGCCAGCCUGGAACUUUUUGUACUGAGGCUGGCGUACCGCACAAAAGUAGAUGACACCCGACUGACUUUUUGCAACGGAGUAGUCCUCACACGUGAGCAAUGCGAACAAAGUUUCGGCGACUGGCUUCAAGGAAUCAUGGACUUUUGUCAAAGUCUUCAUGUCCUCGACGUUGAUAUCAGCGCCUUUGCCUGCCUUUGCGCCCUCGCGCUCGUUACUGAAAGACAUGGUCUUCGAGAACCGCAGAAAGUAGAACAACUUCAAAUGAAGAUAAUCUCAUCCCUGCGAGAUCACGUCACUUACAACGCAGAAGCCCAACGAAAAACUCACUAUCUAUCUCGACUACUGGGUAAACUUCCAGAACUUCGAAGUUUAUCCGUGCAAGGUCAUCAGAGAAUUUUCUAUUUGAAGUUGUUGGACAUCGUACACGCACCCUCAUUCAUUGAAGAAAUGUUCAUGGCCACCCUGCCUUUUUGAACAAUUUUUUUUAAGGACACAUUUUCAUUCUCCCAGUAAACCAUUUUACUGGUUUAAUAAUUGAGUUUGCUUUGUAAUUUUUUUUUUAUUUUUGAAAGCAAAAGAACAUUCUUUUCCAUAUAGAUUCUUAUUUUCGGUGUUUUUGGUCCCUUUGUGUUAUAUGUUCGCCUCGUUUUUUUUAUAAUUUAACUCCUGGACGACAUUGCGCGCGACAUUGCAGGAACCUUUUUUUUAAAAUGCGAGGACAGUGUUAAUAAACGAAAGAAAUCCUAAUUAUAAAUAAUAAUAAUACAUGUAUAGAAAGAAAGAAAAAAAGACCAAGAAUGUAUGACAAGAAUGAAUGAUUUAAAGACCGAUUGAAUGAAAAAAGUGAAAUUGAGAAAAGAAGUGCUCUUCGAGAAUGGUGCUUCGAAUCAUUAGGGUUGAGAUUGAUUAAUACUUAUUUGUUUAUAUAAACUAGGGAAAAAGCUGAUAUAAUAUAUAUACCAUGAAAGUGCUUAUUGUUUAGAAAAGAUUAUAUCGCACGGUAUUUGUGUGAAUCCGUGUUUAUAAUAGUUAGGGAUGUGCCCGGAUAUCCGGGAGGCUGUUUUUUUUAUAUAUAACAAUUUUUAGUAAUUUUCUCAUUAUUUCGUGACAAGUUACCAGAAUAUUCUUACGAAUUUUGUUACAUACUACAUUCUUUUUUGUUUUGUUAGGAAUUAAAAAAUUUUAAGGAUUCUAGAUUGUAAUGCAGCUUUUUCAAGUUCCAUUUAUGUAUUUGUAAUUUUUCACCGAGUUUGUAAUAUAUACUAAUUUAACAAAAGUGUCGGUUACGAAGACUCGGCCGGAUAUUCAUCCAUCCCUAGCGAUGACUCCCUUAUUUUCGGUUUAAUUGAUUUCAGAAUUUGCGCCGCAAUACAAAGAACUUGAAUCAAAGAAUUUGAAAUUUGAUUCCAGCUCUUUUGUAAUACCCCAUAUGUUAUAUAUAGUUUUAAAGAAGUCACAAAGAAAAUUAAAAGAAAAAUUAAAUACUCUGUCUGAAAUUAUGCUCCUGUUGUCGAAUCAGUCAUUUUUUAAUUGUGAAGAGCGAUCGAAGAAACUUUCGAAAAAGGAUAAAAAUUCGUAAAAGCCCUUGAUCAAGAUAUAUCGACGCUCAAAGCUGUGGCUAAUUCUAGUUACGAGAUAUUGUGAUAAUUAUGUUAAAUAUUUGAUCAUUAUUAUUCCUUGACUGAGAUACAUAUCGUGAAAUGAAAAAAAAAAAAAGAAAAUUGCAAAUCGACAACCGAUAGCAUAAUUACAGAUUUCUGUGACAAAUUCGACAUAUCAGAGUGGAGAAGCGAUGAUGGAAAUUCAAAGUCGCAAUUUCCCUCCUUUUUCUAAAAGUAGCCUAUAUAGGACGUGAUUCUCGCACGUUUCGUCCACUGCACUGUAUAAAUCUUGCCUGAUGUAAAGUUUAAAUAAUCGUGAAAAGACAAUUGGCGUUGAAAUUUUUAAACGAAAACGAAAUAUUUUUCAUUCUAGUUUUCUACUUCACUAAUCCGUAAAUAGAAUGUAAGCUUCUAAAAAUAAAUUUAUAGUCGAGUUUGUCUAUCAUAUUUCCAACAUCCCAGUUAAUGGGGAUGUUCGCGUAUAUAGGUAAAAAAAAAAAAAAAAUUAAAAAGAA